AUGUUUCGUGCGACACAGACGACGCUUUCAAAGGCGAGUCGCCUCCCGCUGAACUCCAAAAAAGCCAACAAGGAUUUCUACAAAGGCACUCGUGCUGCAAAUGUGCUGAUGCGCAAGCGUAUCGCACUGUCCGAUCCGAAAGGCAAUCAGUUAUUUGAUGAACAGGGACGUCCUAGGACAUGGAACUUGCGCACUCACAGACUUGAUGAAAUGCGUAUGGUGUCCUACGUAGUGCCGCCGGGUCUUGCAGACACUCAGCUCAAACCGUAUGUGUACUUGGGUUCUACCUCAGAAGGGGGCACUGAGCGUCCACUUCCUGGUCAGCCCGGUGCACCCAAGAUGCCUGCUGGCGGUAUGAACGCUACAUACUACUCACGCUUGGUCGACCGAGCGCUUCUAUCGAAGCCUACACGCAAUUAA